UGGAGCCGCACCGGCACAGGUGGCAGGGCCGAGCCCGGGCCCCACAGCACUUGGGGAGCCCUGCUCCGGACCCCACAGCACCUGCCUUCCCCUGGGCAGGCAGCCCACCUCCCUAAAACCACCCCCUUGCCCUCCUGCCCCAAGCCAUGGCGAGCACAGACAGCACAGGGGGCCGGAGGAGGAAUUUGGCCCUGCUGCGGCACAAGCUGUACAUGGGGGAGAGGAGGAGGACGGAGCCGGUGGUGGAGAGCAGUGCGGCUGGGGAGCACGGCGCCCUGCGAAGGAGUCAGUCCGACCGGACGGAGUACAGCCAGAAACUGCAAGAAAAAAUGGCCCCACAGUCAGAGUCCUCAUCCCUGGCCACUUUGCCCCAGGAGGAUGAAGAAGCUACCAGACGUAUGAUGGCCAAGAGAGUAAAAAUCAUCGCAGAGCUCAUGCAGACAGAGAGGGACUAUAUCAGCGACCUGGAUCUCUGCAUCAAGGAAGUGAUUCAGCCUCUGAGAAACAAGCAGAUUGUUCACUUUGACGUGGAUGGCUUGUUUAGCAACAUUGAAUCGGUCCAUCAAAUAUCAGCCAAACUGCUGUCACUGUUGGAAGAAGCCACGACAGAUGUGGAACCACCCAUGCAAGUAAUCGGGGAAGUGUUCUUGCAGAUUAAAGGCCCACUAGAAGACACAUAUAAAAUCUACUGCUAUCGCCACGAUGAUGCGCACACCAUGCUGGAAUCCUAUGAAAAGGAUGAAGAACUAAAGCAGCAUUUAAGACACUGUGUACAGUCCUUAAAAAAGAUGUAUGAGGAAGAAGGAAAGCCAAAUCUAAUGGAUAUGGGAUCCCUGAUGAUCAAACCAGUACAACGGGUGAUGAAAUAUCCCUUGUUACUCUGUGAACUCUUGAAUUCAACUCCUGCUUCUCACCCUGACCACAAGGCUCUACAAGAGGCCCUUUUUGCUAUGAAAAACAUUAAUGUGAACAUCAAUGAACUUAAAAGGAGGAAAGAUUUAGUGCUGAAGUAUAAGAGGAAUGAUGAUGAUGAAACCCUUAAAGAAAAGUUUUCCCGACUGAAUAUUCACUCCAUUAGCAAGAAAUCCAAGAGGGUCACCAGCCAUCUGAAAAUACUGACGGGGGGAGAACCUCAGGUGAAAGAUCAAACCUUUAAUAGGGAAGAAAAGCUGUUUCGAAGUUUAGAGAAGACCGUGAAAUUGUGUGUGAAGAACAUUUCAUCCUCCUCACAACACCUACAGGAUUCCAUACAUCUGGCUGCACAGAACAUAACUGGGCUUCAGGAAGUCUUGCAAGACAAAGAAGAUGAAGUCAAGAACCACUCGAAAAAACUAAACAAUACUGCAAAUCUCUGUGAAGACCUUAUGGCUCAACUGGACAAGCUUGUUUUGAUUCCUCUCUCAGCACUACAAGCUUUGUUUGCAGGCCCACAGAAGCUCAUCCAGAAGCGCUACGACAAGUUGUUGGACUACAACAGCUGCCUUCAGAGGUCAACAGGAGAAGAGCUGGACCUGGCAAAGAAAGAUUAUGAGGCUUUAAAUGCACAGCUAGUGGAGGAACUUCAGGUAUUCAACCAAGCAGCCAAAAAGAUUGUGUUGAACUGCCUGUAUUGCUUCAUCACCCUCCUCAGGAAUAUUAUGUCUGCAGCACUUCAAUCAAAUUCUUCUGUGGUGGUGCCUGUUCCACUGUCUUCCUCAAGCAUCUGUGAAGUGCAGAAUCAGUUGAUGGAGGAGGUUCACAAGCUGAAUUUUGUAAAAGAAAACAGCAGCGCAACCUUUAUUGAAAGAAAACUGAGCUUUGAAAAAAAGAAACCUGUCCCUUCUCCACUCGAAUCCCCACGCCAAACAGAAGCCGACAGGUCCAAGCUGCUGUCUACGUACAGCACGGAACUGCUGUAUCAAGCUAAGCGCAAGUGCAAUGCCACGCAGGAAUUCGAUAUUGAUUUGCAUGAAGGAGAAUUGGUGGCUGUCGUGGAGCAAAAGGACCCCUUCGGAAGUACGAGCAGAUGGCUUGUUGACACAGGAAACCUUAAGGGGUACGUGUAUUCCUCCUUCCUGAGGCCUUACAAUCCAGCCAAAGUGCAGAAGGAUGUAACAGAGAACAACUUCUGUGAUGAUGAUUUUGAUAAUAUCAGCCUCUUUGUCUCUUCACGGCCCUCCUCUGACAGCAGCACAAGUCCAGGGCACAAGAAAAGUGACAGCAGCUCAUCUCUUCACUUCUGUGAAAAUCCGACAACUAAUGGCACAGGGACUGGUGCUUUUCAGGAUAUGGAUGAUCAGCAAACCUUCUACGCUGUUUAUGCAUUUCAAGCAAGAAAUGAUCAGGAACUCAGUCUUGAGGAGUACCAGAAGGUUAGGAUACUUCGUUUUUCUGACCUGAGUGGCAAUAAAGAAUGGUGGCUAGCAGAAGCCAAAGGUCAGAAAGGAUAUGUACCAUCUAAUUAUCUCGGGAAGAUGACAUACGCUUAGGAACAGAAAGGUCCAUUCAGCGAGUUUCUCUGAAGUAGACAAUAAUAAUCUAUUAUAGUUUGCAGAAAGCGAGGCAAACUCACAAUUGAUUGACAGAAGCCAUGGCAUCUGGUACAGUGCACACAUGAUAUUGAGAACCUCCAUUCUCCAAAAGCCAUCACCUUGUCAAGACCCGGGGGAGAAAACAUUUAAUAGGAAGACUGAUUCUGAUUAACAUCUUGAAGAGCUUGCUUUUCUAUUACCCCAUAAUUUUCUCUUCUGUCAGUGUCCUACGUCAAAAGUCAACCUACAAGUACACAUUGCAGCUAAAAUUAUGUUUUUCUUUCAUGAUAUUCAGCAAAUAAUAUUCAAGAUGAAGACAAAUAGCCUUGAAAAAGGACAAAUUCAGUCUUCAGGGAUUUGUAGUUCAAACUGAAUUAUUCCUAAGCCCCUACCUUGAUGAACAUAGACAAAUCUCAAUACUCAGAGCUUUUGGGUUGUCUGUUUUUAUCCUCAGCUACUUUUGUAAUGAACCUUUUUCUCAGUGACAAAUAUUGAAGUGGGAAAAGAAAAAGGGUUUCAUUUUCAUAGGAAGUAUUUCAAUUUAAAACAUACUGAGUAUGUUGGUGCCAGUGGCUGGUCUCAGGGAAGAAGGUAAAUUUAGUUAAAUAUGGAAAUGUGGGGAGAGGAAUAGCAGGCACAAGAAACAGGUAACAUGAAAUAAAGAAGUUAUAAUUCUCAGAAAAAAAAUUCGCAACUACUUCAUAUGAUAGGCAAUAAUUUGUAGCAAUAUGAAUGUGCCUCUAGGUUUGAAAUUACAUGCCUCUAGACUAACUGUGUUAUAGUGCAGGAUCUGUGUAGUGAAACAAAACUUGUGUUAUUAGGCUUGGGAAUUUAUUAAGGUUUGAGGGGGAAAAAAAAGUCAAUCAGUGCCUUUCCAUGAAUAUUUACUGUCUAUCUGAUUCCCUAGGUCAGAUACAGAGAUCAUACUGCCUAGUGAAUAAGCUAGGAUUUAAGAUGUGUCAAAAUUUCUCUUUCAGAAAAAAAACACAUUCUCAUUUCGAAAGUGAAUGAACAUUAGAGUAAAUAGUGAGUGAAGAACGUAUUGAUGAGCUGAUUUACUAUUUGCAAAACUCAGGGUCAAAACCCCUGUAUUUUGCUAAGGUAUCUUAAAAACUGUCAAGGUUAUUUUAAUAAGUUAAAAUGGUUAACAUCAUAUCCUCAGUGAGCAUGGGAAAACAAACAAAAAAAACAAACAAGGAAUGACAUGAUUUUCAAGUCGUACUUCUUAAGGUUCACUGCCUGCAGCAAUCCUUAGGUCAGGCUGGUGCCCUACACUUGAGCUAGACUGAAUGGUGAUCUAACGAUACGUCAUUACUAUUACCAUUGAUAACUGAGUGUUCAUCACAAUCUAUUUCAAUACAGAAAUGCCUAGCCCCUCUAGUGAUGAAU